AUGUCAAAAGCCGACGGAUAUGUAGCUGGUGGCGCAGAGAAGGAGAUCGAGGACCUGGAACGUGUGGUGACAGCGCCGCAACUACCAGGUCUUGGAGAAGACGAAAACACUGUUGUGAGGGUAGCGACAGGUGCUUCCGAACGUUUGCCGUUUUCAAAAGCAAGAUGUGUGGCGCUAGUUAUCACGAUUGCUACUGCGCCGUUUUUGAGCACAAUGGCAGUUCAGGCUUCGGUUAUCAUUCUACCGACCAUCGGCGAGGAGUUGGAUAUCCCAACGAGUCGACAGCAGUGGAUUGUGUCGGCGUUCAACCUCACAUUUGGUUGCUUCCUACUUCUGUGGGGCCGCUUAGCAGACGUAUAUGGGAGACGAAUGAUCUUCAUUUGGGGCUCUGUUGCAUUUACAAUAACUUCUAUUGUACCACCAUUCAUACCAAAUGAAAUCGGCUUCAACAUCUUCCGAGGUCUACAGGGCCUAGCAGCUGCGGCCAUGGCUCCAACGGCUUUGGGGAUUCUGGGCGUUACAUUUCCACCGGGUAGGACGAAGGAUAUCGCCUUUGGAUGCUUUGGUGCUGGAGCACCAUUAGGUGGUAUCACUGGAAAUAUCUUUGGUGGUGUCAUCGGCGAAUAUCUCAACUGGAAAUGGGUCUUUUGGAUCUUUGCCAUUAUUUCUGGCAUCUCCACUAUUGCAAGCUACCUGGUCAUCCCUCUGCCACCACCACAGCCUGAGCCCAUCAUGCGUAACACCAUCGAUUGGAUCGGUGGCACCUUGAUCACUGUCGGGCUCGUCGUCUUACUGUUCGCACUCACUGAAGGCAACGUUGUAGGCUGGAGCACGCCUUGGAUUCCUAUACUUAUCGUCUUUUCAAUCCUUGUCGUCGUCGCAUUUGGUUUCUGGCAACACUAUCUGGAGACGAAGACACAGAAACGGCCGUUGAUGAAGAUGUCCAUCUUCAAGAACGGGAAAUUCACGGCUGCUAAUGUGGUGAUGGCGCUAUUCUUCUCGUCCUUCAACAACUAUCUCAUCUUCGCCACCUACUGGUUCCAAGACUUUCAGGGGCUAUCGGUCAUUCAAACGACAUUGCGCUUCAUUCCUAACGGAAUAACUGGUAUUCUCGUCGCUCUAAUCACCGGUCAGCUUCUCUCGCGGGUCCCUGCCGACAUUAUUCUCACCUUCAGCACCAUAUGUAUCAGUACUUCUUCGCUCCUAUUUGCCAUCCCAAUCCCAGUACAUACUACCUACUGGGCCUAUGGCUUCCCCGCCAUGGUGUUGUCCGUCUGCGGCGCAGACACUAUAUUUCCCGUCCUCACCCUGUUCGUCGCCAAAACGCUGCCGCCUGAAGACGCAUCCCUAGGCGGUGCGCUCAUCACUGCCGUUGGGCAAAUCGGUCGUGCAAUUGGUCUCGCAAUCGCAACAGCAUUGCAAACCGCCGUCAUCGCAAGAGAAAAAGGCGUUCAUGUUGACAAGAUCGGUAGCGAAGGCCACGGCCUCAAACCCUGGGACAAUGCACUCAAGGUGGGCAUCAGAGACACGGCAUGGUUCAAUUUCGGCAUGAGCCUCGCGUCGACGAUGGUUGUGGUGCUGUUUAUUAGGGGCAUUGGCAUUAUUGGAGGGAGAGGGAAGCGGUGA